GAAGUAUGGCGGUUUAUUCGCAUUGCGAAACUUUAUUUACCAACCCUGAUGGAACUCCUAUGCAUUUCUACAUGCGCCCUUGCGACGAAAGAGCGAUUCUCAGACCCGUAGUUGAGCAUGGUGGUGGCAUUUUGUCAGGGAAGCAAGGCAAUGAUUCAAUAAAGCUGGCAGAACCUGGGAGUGUGGUUAAAAGUGAUGAUUACUACCUUGCCAAUUUUAUAACAGACUGUGUGGAAAAGAAUACUUUAAUGGACAUUGAAAAAUACAGGCUGAAGCCAUGUGAUGUGGCUGGAGAAAACAUGAUAGUUAUGUCCACUGAGGCUGUUGAUGACACGGACCUGGAGCCAGCUGAACACAUCAUCAGAUUGACUGCCAAAGACAGAAGGGGGAGGAAGAAGUACAUGUUGUCUGAGGAAGUGAACAUCAUAAAACAUAUAGUGGAAAACAGAUUAUAUCUGGAUGUUGGUGGAAACAGAGUGUGGAAGGACAUGGAGAAAUUGGAAAUCACCUCGCAUUCCUGGCAGUCAAUGAAGCACCACUACAAGAUGCACAUCUUACCCAACAUCAAGUCUUUCAACAUACCUAGUCACUGGCCUUCCCUGCUGACCACUGCUUCAGCUGGGAAAGACGAAGAAGGUUCAAAGGCUGCAAUGGCAAGGUAUCUGGCACCUGUCACUGUUUCUACUCCUAAACAAAACCAAGGUAAUUGUGAGUCAGAAGAUGAUAUUGUAAACCCCUCAGAUUUAGAUCAAAAUGAAGGAAAAAGCACAGGGCAAGAUACAGAGAAUCUUCCUGAAAUUGAUGACUUUGAUAAAGAACUUUUAGAGAUUGCUGAAAGGCAGCAUCAAAAGGGAAAUAGUCCCAGAAAACAUGGCGUGAUGAAAAGCCAGAUCAGAACUAGGUCAAAUGAUGCAGAGAAAGGAAAUAAGUUAGACUCUCCAGGAAAACCAAUAGAACGUGCCAAGAAGAGUUCAACAGAGACCCUUAUCCCAGAGAAUACAAACCAGAAGGGACAUUAUUUGCGGUCAUCUACAGUGAACCCUGUUGCUGGAGAUUCUGAAGCUGAAGUAAUUGGAGAGGAUGUGGCUGACCAAGAUAUGGUGGAGACUGCUGGAGCUGAAGUUGAUAUCUCACCAAAUCCCACACACAGUGGUAGAGAUAAACGUGGUGGUUCAAGUAGAGAUAAGAACAGGAAACGAAAUGGUUCACAGGUGGAGAACUCUGAGACACAAACGCCCCCCUCUGAACAACAACUGUGGGAAGAUGCUAUUCAGGCUCUGAUGAAAAGAUAUCACCUUGAGAGGGAUGAAGUGAUCACCCUGUUGUACAUAAACAGUGGCAGUGUGGGAGACACCAUCCAUUACAUUGAGGAAGGCACUGAUCUGCAGGGUCGCCCCGCCUGGACGGAGGAAGAUGACCAGACAUUGUUAAGUGCUAACACUAAAGACAUGAGAAAACUACGACAGAAAUUUGGAAGUGAUGGCGUCAACAGACGAGCGCUAUUUCUGGAGAAGAUGCAGUAAAAGCUGUCACAGCAACUGUACACUACAAGCUAACGGAGGAUGCCGGCUGGGUUGUAUGUUGCCAUAGUAUAAUAUCUUCAGAUCUGAAACGAUUUGGUGAACUGAUUUUGAUGUUUUUUUCAGGCCUUCUAUCUUAGUCCCCAUCGCUGAUAUACAAUUCAUAAGUUUUAAAUAAAAAAGAAAUACGAUCUUGUGAUAAGAGACUAAGGAGCGGUUGUUCAAUGAAAUUAUUUUACCACACAAGUUUUAAAUAAAAGUAAGAAUGGAACUAUAAAAAUACUGUACAUAUUACCUUUGUUAACCGUUUUUCUGCCUUAAUGUGGAAUAUAUUUAAAAAUAGAACCUUUUAACUUGUUACUUUUGUUGAAGGAAACGAAUUUUGUUAAAUUUAUUGUCUGGAACUAAGUGUCGUUCAGCGCAAAGUAACGAAAGAUCUGAAAUAAAAGACAAUCAAUGCUUUCUCUGUGUGCGAUUUACUUUUGUUUUAAUGGCGUUAUGCGCUCUUGCGCGGAAAGUAUUAGGGUUGGUAAUUUAUUGGUUAAUUCGACUAGUUGUUGGCCAAUGAAUCCGUUACU